AUGGGGUCUGAAAUGAAGUCCGCCCCUGUGCUGUCUACAGCUGAUGAUCGUAUCCUCGAGGAAAUCGACCCUGUGGCCUCGCGAGACCCGACAAUCGCAGUGUCCGACGAUGAACUUUCCAUUACAUACGAUAUCGAGCGCACCUUGAAGGAAAUUCGCCAAGCACGGUACAAGCGCAUUGCUCUCCAGUUCCCAGAUGAUAUGCUCCCCGAUGCCCCGCGGGUAUUUCAAUUGCUCAGCCGUGGCCUCGAGUGCGAGGAAAACAGCGCCAACGAUACACAACCUUCGAACCAGGCCGAUGCUAGCAGCGCCAACGAUAGCCUGGCUCAUGCGGUAUCUGGGCUCCAGGUGGAGGAGACACCGAGCUCUGCGCCAGCUCGAUUGACCAUUUUGGCUGAUACAUCUUACGGGACCUGCUGCGUUGACGAAGUGGCCGCGGAGCAUGUGGACGCAGACGUGGUAGUGCAUUACGGGAGGUCGUGUCUUUCGCCAACGGCACGGCUACCGGUGAUCUAUGUCUUCACACAUAAGAACCUACCCCUAGAGCCCGUGGUACGAGCUUUCCAGGCCACUUAUCCUGACACAACAACCAAAGUGAUUCUCGCAGCCGAUGUCACUUUCGCCGAUCACGUUCCCACUGUAUAUACUCGCCUGGUCGAAGAGGGAUACACCAACUUAUAUGCGACGGAAAUUGUGCAUGAGCCCUCAUCAUCAAUUCCCAAUCGUACAGUCCCCGAGUCGGUUCAAGAGGCCCCUGAAACGCUGUCCGAUUGGCAGUUGUUCCACAUUUCCGAUCCACCAACGGCUCUCCUGAUGACCCUCGCAUCCCGCGUUGCUGCGAUCCAUAUUUAUCCCACCAAUGACCUAUCAAACGAGGACGUUAAGCCAUUGCCUGCGUCUACUGCUGCAGUUUUGCGACGCCGCUAUGGAACACUGGCCUCUCUGACGACUGUGCCUAUCUGGGGUAUCUUAAUCAACACACUGAGUGUCAAGAACUACCUGCAUAUUGUGGAACAUGUCAAGGAGCGCAUUGCCGAAGCCGGCAAGAAGAGCUACAUGUUCGUAGUUGGCAAGUUGAAUGCUGCCAAAGUAGCCAAUUUCAGUGAGAUUGGUGGCUGGGUGGUCAUUGGCUGCUGGGAAAGCUCUUUGGUGGAUAGCAAGGAUUUCUGGAAGCCAGUGAUCACUCCGUUUGAAUUGGAGUUGGCUCUGAAAAACGACGCAGAUCGGGUGUGGACAGGAGCAUGGCAAAGUGAUUUCCAAGCAGUCCUUGAUGCGCCGGCUCAGGAGGCCAAGGGAGAAGAAGAUGACCCGGAGACCUCCAAUGGCGCAACCAUGUCCGAAGAGGACGACAUGUCAGAGCCUGAGUCGGCACCGCCCGAAUUCGACUUCCGCACUGGUCGAUACGUCUCACACUCUCGUCCAAUGCGGAACCCCGCGCCCCGCGCUUCUCAGGUUGAUGGAUCAUCCACGUCCGGCCCAUCCGCUGCUAGAGCACUGGCGCGGCGAGCUAAGGGCGACCUAGCUAUGAUCGGCGGAGCCGUGUCACCAGGCGCAGAAUUUUUGCGGUCGCAACGGACAUGGAAAGGUCUGGGGAGCGACUUUGAUAUCAAAUAUGACGAGGAAGACCCGGAGGAUAGUACCUUGGUCAAGGAAGGGCGCAAGGGUAUUGCGAGGGGCUACACUGUAGGCGAUACAGCUGACAAACAUUAA